CCAUGUAAUGAAAAAAAAAAGAUGUCAGUUUUACCAAUUUUCCGAAAUGUCAUUUCAUUUCUUGUGGAGUUUUCAGGAUUUCUGUGUUUUGUGUUUUAAAAGCGGCAAUAAAAAUUAAUUAACCAAGCACUUGCACCAUGAUUUUGUAGGACAACAUUUGCAUUUUAAGUAGAAUCACGUGCCCGUAUCGAGAUCUUUAAUAUUAGUGCCCAAAUGUUCAAGAAACGAAGUUAAAAUGUUGAGUAGGUUUUCCGACGUCCUGCAGUCUGCCGCGGACGUUUUGGCGCCCCCGGCUACCAGGUUUGAGGAUUUUGAGUAUCAUUGGAAGAUGAUUCUAAACUUUUACCAAAACUACGAUGAUAGCAGUAAAAUUCACAUUGAAGACACAAGAAUCCCGCACCAUUUACACCAAAUGCUACAGCUUAUAGUAGACGAAGAGAAGGAACAGCACGGUGGUACUGUUGGCCCGUGCUUAGAGGCAGUUGUGCAGCGGUCGAUAUGCGUUCUUGACGCGCUAACCGCGCUAGCAGCGGCAGACAGACCUCCCGGCGCGCGGUCACUUGCGCUAGGAACUGGCACGGCGCUACUCCGGCGUACGAGGCAGCCCUGUGUGAAUAGCGCGCAUGUUUAUAGGCCUCUACAGCGAAUGUUAAUACAAUGCAACGAGAACCCGGCGUCACCAACGGAGAAAGAAGAAGUGGAACUGCUCCUAACCCUAUGUGGUCUGGUCAGAAAGGAGCCUGGUCUGGCGAACAUAUUCACCACACCCUUUGUGGAAGACAAGACCAGUUUACUGAGCAUACCAGAAGACAUACAGAACUUGAUACCUCUCAAAUCUAAGACGACAACUCCAAAGAAAAACCCGUUGUUUGAAGUGGAGUUGCCUCAGAAUCCGUUGAGCCACGUGUCUAUAGUGAGAACUAAUGGAAAGGAGGAUGGGAACGCGACGUCUAGUGGCUCGGUGCCGGACGACGCGUCGUGCAAAAGCCACAAGACUGUGUAUGAUGAUAAUGACAAGUUUCUGUUGAUUGACCUCCUGCUUUCGUAUUUGAAUAGUGCUGACAACCAAGUGGUUCUCCGAGCGUGCGAAGGCAUCAUGAUAGUGUCGUCUCUCCCUGAAGAUGACAUCGCAAACCUGGUGACCAGUUGCAGCCCGGCCUGUGAGACUAUCGUGGACAAGCUCUGUGCCAAGUACAAGUGUAUACCGGCCAAUACCGAGCCUACGGAUGUGGAGCACCUGAAUAUUACUUGGGCCUAUGUGGCCCAAGACUUUGGCGACAAAUCCUUCAGCAAGUUCCACGGCUACAGAGAACUGACGAGCUUCUUCUCAUGGCUUGACUACUGUGAUACUUUAAUGAAGGAAUGCCACCCCACAAUAGCGGCGCAUCUCUCACGAACCUUCCGCCAGAAGUUCUUAGAGGGCGCCGCCGAGGCCGGGGUCAGCGACCUGCACCACGCGGCGCUCGUCACCGCCAUACUUGCUAAAUGCUUGAAGGUGGUGGACUCGCCUGACCUUAUUAAUGAGUUCUCCAAUUGGCUGGUGGGCGAGGGCGAGGUUUCGGAAUGGCCGCUGCUGCAUACGCUUAUAUCCAACUGUCUGACUGAUCACCACGACAUUACGUUGGAGACAUUGCAGUUCUUCCAGACAAUAAUAGAGAAAGGCACGGAGCACAGCAUCCACAGACUAGUGCUGACGCGUGUAUGCUCGCGCGGGUACUUCGCGCCGCAGCCGCCCGCGCCGUUCGACCAGAGCGAGAGGGAGCAACUGAAUGACGUCUCGCUCUGGCGCGAGAGAGAGCGCAACAGGGAAGCGAUGAAGCAGCUCCAACACGAGGACCAUGUAAACGAGCAGAUCAACGAGAUCCUAUCACAUGAAGGCAUGGACUUGCACCGAGCUGACACCGGCGAGAGCAUACACCGGAUCAUCAACAGCUUCCUGCUGCUGCUGCCGCGCGCCGUGCUCUCCGACCCGGUCGGCGCGGACUACGAGCACUACAUACAUGACGCGCACAGGCACUACCAGUAUUGGCUGGAUAUAACCUCGACCUUCAACUGGCCAACGGACCACGUGAUGCCCGAUACCACGGCCAGUUCUACACACAGCUACGACAGCCGACCAGAAGCCGACAUACACCUAGACGACGUUUUCGAACCGGUAAAAACCGGCAACUACCGGAAAACCAGCGACAGCUCAAACCCAGAAAAAAAUUGCUGCAGCGAAAACUGCAACUCAAAAAGUCACUCUUCAAACUCUGACGAGGAAUUUGACGAAGGCCCGUUCUUCAAAAUGCUGUACAGAUUACUUCUAAAUAUGCCGUCGCAGCCUUACCAAGUUAAUUUGCACCUUACGGCUAUAAUAUCAAAGCUCGCUUUGAUUCCCCAUCCAAAUCUGCACGAGUAUUUAUUAAAUCCAAUGUUGCCAACUGCGAAAAAGACGCAGACGUUGUUCAAAGUGCUACAAGAGUUAGCAAGGAGGUUGACCAUAGAGAUUCCGAGGUUACGAAAUUAUAAGACAGUUAUAGAGAAUACGAGGUUACAACUGAUGAGUGAAGACCCUAUUUAUGAUGAGAGCGGCGACCACAAUCAGCUCGUGGAAAGCCUUAUAGUCCUCGAGGAGUUCUGCAAAGAGCUGGCUGCUAUCGCCUUCGUCAAGUACCAGCACUCCAUCAUGCCCAGGUAGUGAUGACGUCACUAGCUGCCUUGCCGCGUGGUGCAGCCCGCUUGUAAGGCCUGGUUCAGACGUGCGAUAACCGUGCGGCUCUCAUUGGCGAGGUACUGAGAUGGUAACCGGUCGGUUACGGUUCGGUUUGAUACAUGAGAAUUAUCAACCGCGCGAUUAUCGCUGUGUGAACCAGGCCUAAUAUCGUCAGUUUCAUAAACUUCUUUAUGACUAGA